AUGCAUAUCUUUGAUUUCAUCAAGAAAAGAGAAUAUAUCGCAAAUGAGUCACGCUUUCCCGUCACUGAUACUGGAUUACUAGAAGUAUUUUCUGGAUAUGGAUGGGCCGUCAGCUACGAGCUGCCCAGGAGCGUCGUCGCGCUCCCCGAAGCAGUCAGGAACCAGGCCGGCGUGCUCCUCGCCUGCGGCGCGUUCACCUGCUCGUUCCUCACCAGCCUCACCAUGGACGUCACCGUGGUCGGCACAGACGGGACCCUCCGCGCGUCACCGACUUCGAUCGUCUUCCCAUUCGAUGAGAAGUCCGCGGGGUUCAGCGUGCUGGCGCGCCAGGCGGUGGCGGAGCUCGCUGUCGGGUGGGGGCCGACCGAGCGCGUCGUCGUCGCGACGGACCUGCCGCAGGAAGCCCUCAUGGUGCAGGAGUUCGCGAGGCUGGUGAAGAACAUAUAG